UCAGCACUUACCUCCGCCAAUAAUGUCCCAUGUUACCUAGUUUUGAUAGGCUUAUUGUGAUAUGUUAAUGUAAAUCUGAAAUAUAUAUUGUGAAUAGUGUGACUGGUACACAUAUCAUUCUACCUAUAUACCUCCAAUGUUUUCUGGUCAUUUUUAUUUUUGUAUUCAUCAAAUGUACCUCGAUACUUGUAGAAAUUUGAGGAAAACUCCUUUUAAGAAUCCUUGUACUUUCUUGAUUAGAUCCCUGCAUAAUUCCUGUUGUUAAUUUCAUGGUGUUGCACAACAUGAUCAAUUACCUAGAUGCCUGUGGAUUUGUGUAGCCCUGUAAGUGUUCAAUACUCAUUAUCUGUCAAGACAUGCAAUAAAUUCUCCUGAUUAUUCGGUAUUACUAGAGGCGUAUUUAUUUUUAACUUCAUAAAUGUGAAACACAAGUUUAAGUUAAUACUGUGAAAAACACUAAUAAAGUUGAUAUCUGAAAAUAUCAAGCUGUUUUACAUGUUAAUACAACCUUACCUGGUCUCCAUAUACUAGCCCAAAAACCUGAAUAGAUUACCUACAAAAUACACAGUAGCUUAAGCAUCAGGGAUCCCUUUUCACGUACCUAGAAAAUCCAAUGCUCUGCAUUGUGUAAUUACCCCCAUUACAGGAAGCAAACAGUUAUUACUACCUGUUUACAAGCAAUGUUUCAUUACUGAGCAUUAUGUGAUUCACCUCAUAGUUUUGAUAAGAACCUGAAAAUCAUAUAAGACAAAUGUGCUUCAGGUCACAACUUGUUCUCCCCGGGCACUUGCCUACAACCUUGUAAUGCUUCCAUUAUUUUGGAAUACACAUCAACUCUACCUAGACACUUGGUUUAAUUCAAGGUCAGCACAUCUUUGUUAGAGACACCAUCAUGGGUGGUGAUAAUUGCACAGCUGAUAAUAUCCCAUGGUUGCUACUCUGAUGGGGAGCUACAAGACAUUUUCAAGGACACAUGGAAAUCAUUGACCACUCACCUGGUUAAAUGUAAAUUUUCUGUGAAAUACAAACUCUGUGAUAACAUGCCUGCUAGAAUUAACAAAAUACUAUCAUGUUUUGCCUGAAUAUAUACCAAAAAUCAAAUGGUAAAACUUACCUAGAUAUAAAAAAAUCAGAUGACUCAUGAUGGGUUAGGGUGUGCAUCAUCACUUACUUAGACCAGAAAUGUCUUUACUGACAUCCACUUUUAGUUUCGUAACAAUUACUUCACAGGAACCUGAAACACAAUGUGAAUAUGUGUUGAAGGAUGUAAUGUUUUCCAGAAGGACACUUGCAAAUAACCUUGCAGAGUUCCAUCCGUAUGAGACAAAUCAACUCUACCUGGACAUUUGCAGUAUUGCAAGGACAACACUGUUGUCAUAUCAAACCAUCAUUUCUUGAGAGGAAACCUAUAAAAUCACGUGGUUUCUACUGUAGUGAAAAUCACCAUGAUCAUUGCCUGGAUACAUGCAAUCCCUCAAACUCAGAGGGUUUGCCAUACAUUUUCCCUAAUACAUGAAAAGCAAAGACUCAUGGUUUCUAGAAUUGAUACAGGUUCUAUGAUUUCUUUCCUGAACCCCUGCAAAAAAAUCAUGGAAAGGGCGAGAAAGAGGUGCUUGGGGCACUGUCAUCACUUACCUAUGCACAUGAUGAUCAGAUGUGCUGUGCUGUGCUUUUGUCCCACACCAGCUCUUGCCUUGAUGCCAGCAAUGUCCCACCUUUUACAGACUCCUUGAUUACCUUUCACAGACUCACUACGAUGCCUUGACUUGGAUCAGAAAAACACAUUGUGGAAAAUGCAUUUGAUAUUGUGGAAAAUGCGUUUGGUAAAUAUCUUCAGAUACUUGAACACCUGCAAAGUCCUUUGGUCACUUGUAUCAUUUCAGGACCCAUCCAAGCAACCUGGAUGCCUGCUCAAUUCCAAGUUCAAACUAUGGUAAGAAACUCCUUCAUCUCUUGAAGACAUACCUGCAAAAUGACCAAUAACCUGGUGAUAGACAAGACCAUAAAUUACCUGGAUACCUGCAUAUUCAUCUGUUGCUCUGAGUGAUGAAUAUGCAUUAUCUCUAAAUAAGAAUACAGGAGAAUCUUAUGUUUACUAGUAUUGUUAAGAACUAAUUCUCUAACUACACACAUGCCAAAAACAAUGUUAAUAUAUGUGUCUUAAGGAUAUCAUUAACUGCUCAGAUAUCUGAAAAUCAGAAGGUCUCUCAUGAGUCAAUGUCAUAUCAUCACUUACCUGGACACCAGCAAUGUCUCCUGUUAACAAACAUAUUUAGGUACUUUGCGAUCUCUGGACAGGCAUCUGAAAAGCAUAAUUUGAGAUACAUGUCGAAGAACACAACCUUUUCUAUCAGGAUGCCUGAAAAUAACCUUGAUCACUGCCAUCAUGCAGAAACCAUUAACUACCUGAAUAUCUGAAGUACUCCAAGGAAGUGCCAUUGUCAGAUAAGAACAUCGUUUCCCGACCACACUCUCAAAAUUCCCAUGGAUACUACUGGAGGAGGAACACCACGAUAGUUACCUAGAUAUGUGCAGUUCUUCAUCACUAAAAGGGUUGAGCAUACAUUCUCUACAGAAGAAAAAAGUGAAAAUUCAUGGUUCCUCCAAUUGUUAAGGGCUAUCUCGUACUUAGCAGAAUAGUUGUGAUAAACAUAUAGCCAAAAAAAUGUGACACCAUCAUCACCUAUAUACAUGAAGAUCAGAUGGCCUAAGAUCAGAUGGCCUGUGCUGUGGUUUAGGCUCAUAUCAGCACUUACCUGGGCACCAGUUGAAUUCCUGUGAAUGACCAUUUUGAAGUUCAUCAUGUUCUCUGGACUGAAACCUGAAGAACAAAUUGCUACCAAUGUUCCUAUGCACACAAUUUUUUGCACCUAAACAUCUAUGGUCAAGUUGGUGGCUUCCUCCAUGGCAGGACCCAUCAACUCUACCUGAUUACUUGUAGCAUUCUAUGGUCUGCACUACUGUUAGUGAAAACACAUUCUGUUCACUGCACACUUCCAGAAGUCCCGGGGUUACAUCUGAGAAGCAGGACAUCAUAAGAAUUACGUAGAUACCUGCAAAUCCAACACUCACUAGGCUGAACAUAAGUUUACAUUAAUAUAUAAAACAAACUUAACAUAGUUAAUAGUAAUAGUAAGGAGAUUAUCAUUUCGUACCUGAAUACUUUAAAAAAUCCAAAAACUGACAACAAUAAGUAGAGGCCAACACCACCACUAUGGCUCACAUCAUCACUUACCUGGACACCAGCAACGUCCCAUGUUAACCACCAUCUUUAGGUUCCCCGUGCUCUCUUGACAGGAACCUGAAAAAAACUUUAGAAAAUACAUGUUAAAGGACACAAUUUAUUUUCUAUGAGGAUGCUGUCAACUAACCUUAGUUAAUUCCAGUAUUACUGGAUGUACUGACUCUACUUGAAUAUUUGUAGUACACCAAGGUAAACACCAUUUUAGAAAAGACCAUAAUUUCUUGAUUGGAUAACUGCAAAGAUUCCAUGGUUACGAAUGUGGUGGAAAGCACAAUGAGAAUUACUGUGACAAUCCCUCAAUACUCACGAAGUUAUACAAAUUUUCCCUAAAAUGUGAAAAGAAAGAACUCAUGGAUUCUAUUACUAGUAAGAACUUUUCAUCACUGAAUACAUAAAGAAAAAAGAAACAAACACAGUAACGAGUAUUUGGGACAUCAUUAAUCACUUACCUAGAUACAGGAAAAUCAAGUAGAUGUGCUGGGAUUUAAACUUACCACAUCAGUUACCUAUAUUCCAGCAGUGUCCCACAUCAACUACCAUUAUUGGGCUCACCAUAAUCUUCUGACAGAAUCCUGAAACACACAUUAUGAAAAAUGUUAUAUUUGAUAUACAUCUGAUUAUACCUGGUCACCUGCACAUUCCCCUGGUCAUUUCUGUCAUUUUGGGAUCCAUCAACAUUACUUGAACACUUGCAGAACUCCAAUGUCAAAAUCUAGUAAGAGACACUUUCCUCUCUUAAAUGGAUACCUGCAGAAAUCCCAUGGUCAUUCUGUGGUGAUGAAAAAUAUGAUAAAUUAGCUGGAUACCUACAGGUCCAUCUAACACUAUGAUUAUUAAAUACACAUUAGCUUACAUAAGAAUACAGUAAAAUCACUCAUGCUUAUUUGUACUGUUAGAAAAAAUUAAUUUCUUCUAUGAAAACCAGCCAAAAAAUAAGAUUAGUAUCAGAGUUGUCAACACCAUCCUUAAUUACCUGUAUAUCUGAAAAUAGGAAGGUCUCUACUAUAUAAAAGUCGCAUUAGUUCUUACUUCUAUACUAGUAAAGCCAUUGCCUGAUAGCUGAAAAUAAAAACAUGGUAAUACUAGUACUAGGGACAGCAUCAUCACUGACCUAGGUAUGUGAAGAUUAGAUGUUCUGUAGUGUGAAAGACCCACAUCAACACCUACCAUGUUAACAGCCAUUGUUAGGUUCACCACCAUCUUUUGACAGGAAUUUGAAAAACACAUUUCGAAAUAUGUGUGAAAAGACACUUUUUACAGCAUGAUGCUUGCCAAUAACUUUUGUCACUUCCAUCAUUAUGGGACAUAUACACUCUAGCUGGACAUUUGUAGUACUCCAGGUCAACAAUGUUGCCAGAUGAAACCAUUCUUUCUUGACUGGAUAUCUGCAAAAAUCCGAUGGUUACUACUGUGGUGAGGAACACCAUGAAAAUUAUCUGGAUACGGCAAUGACUCAACAUCCACAGGAUUAAAGAUAAAUUUUCCAAAAUAUGUAAAACUAAGAACUCAUGGUUCCUAACAUUGGUAAGGACUAUGGUUUCUUAUCUCAGUAUCUUCAAAAUAAACAAGCAAGCAAAAGUGUUAGGGGCACUUUGAUCACUUACCUUCUUAUAUGAAGGUCAAAUGUUUUCAGCUGUGCAUUAAGCACACCUCAUCACUUACCAGACACUCAUAAUGUCCACCAUUAAUGGCCAUUGUUAAGCUCACUAUAAUCUCAUGAAAGGAGCCUGAAAAGCAUAUUGUGAAAAAUGUGUUUAAAACAUCUCUUAUACUACCUGGACACCUGCAAAUACCCUUGAUCACUUCUUUUUGUGACUCAUCAAUGCUACCUGGAUAGUUCCAAAGGUGUGAAGUUAAACCCUAAUAAAGACACCUCUCUCCUUUGAAGAAAUACCUGCCAAAAUCCAGCGGUCACUAGUGAGGUGAUAGACAGUGUGAUAUCUUACCUGGAUACCUGCAGGUUUCUCGACUGCUACUAGGGUUAAGUACAAAUUAGCACUAAACAAGAAUACAGAAAAUCGCACGCUUAUUCUUAUUAGUGGAGCAAGUUCAUUUCUUCCCUGCAAAACUAUACCAAACCAGGUAACUAUUACAGGUUUGAUCACCAUCAUCAAUUUCCUAGAUAUCUGAAAUUCGGGUCUCUAGUGUAUAAAUGCCACAUCAUUUCUCACCUUUAUAUUAGUACUGUCCUUACCUGAACGCCUGUUUAUAAAAACAACAUUCUUGUAACCACAGUAUUACAGGCACCAUCAACGCUUACCUAGAUAACUGAAAUCUGAAGCUCUCUAAAGUGUAAAGGCUCACACCAUCUUUUCCCUCUCUUUUAGCUAAGUCCGUGUUCACUAUCAUUGUUAGUUUCAGCAUCAUCCACUGACAGCACCUAAAAAAAAACCCCAUGAAGGCAGCCAUGGUUAGAGAUAUGUCUUUUUCUACCUAGACCAUGCAACAUCUCAUGAGAAUCACUAGCAGUAGGAGAACCAUCAACUUCACCUUGAUACUUGCAGAAUAUCAAGGUCAAAACCAUGGAUAUGUCAUAAUCACUUGACUCGGUACCUGUAAAAAUACCAUGGUCAAUACUGAGAUGAGAAACACUAUGAAAAUUGACUUGGAAACUUACAAAUCCCUCAGUCUUAGCCAGAUUUCAAAACAUUACCUCUGAACUAGUAAGCAGUAAGGGUGUAUUCUUAAAUGGGAAUUAUGGGAACAUUAUAAUUUCUUACCUGAAUAUCUGCAAAACCCCAAAAAACACGGUAACACAAAUGUUAGAGGUAUCAUCAUCACUUAUGUAAAUUUCUGAAGGUCAGAAUGUCUUCUGUGUGAUAAGACUGACAUCACCAGUUGCCUGGAUACCAGCAAAGCUUCAUGUUAAUCCCAUUGUUAGGGUUACUUUGAUCUUUAGAUUGAAACCUGAAAAAACACAUUGCGCCAGAUGUGUUUAAGAAUGCAACUUUUUCUAGCAGAACAUCUGCAAAUUAACUUUUGUCACUUCCAUCUUUACAAACUCAUUAAUGCUACCUAGAUAUUGGCAGAACCUGAAGGUCAACACAUUGGUACAGGCACCAUCAUUUAUUGUCUGGGCAUCGAUAAAAAUCUCAUGGUCAUUACUGUUUUGACGAAAGUUAUGAUCACUUGCCAGAUACCUGAAAAUUUCUCAUUCACUCCUAAGGUUAAACACACAAUAUCUCUAAACCAGAAAACUGGUUAAGCUAAGUCUCAUGGAUUCCAAUACUUAUUGGUAGAGCCAGUAUCUUUUUUUUUUUUACCUGAAUACCUGCAAAACACAUGAUACCAACACAUGUUGAGGACAUCAUCACUUACCGAGAUGUCUGAAGAGCAGAUGGUCUGUACUAUGUUUAAGGUCCACAUAAUCACUUAGCCAGAUUCCAUGAAAUGCCUACAAAAAUGACCAAUAUGAGUUUCACCAUUAUCUCUUGAUAGGAGCCUGCAAAACCAUAUGGCAGCAGUGGUGGUUAGGGAUACAUCUUCUACAUGGACCUCAAAAAAUCCCACGGUGACUAGUAUUGUUACGGGAACCAUGAACUCUACCUGAAUCCUAAGGUUCUGAGGCCAAUGCUGUAGUUAGAGACACCAUUAUCUCUUGACUACCUGCUGAGAAAACAUAUGGUGGUAACCCUGGUCAGGAUGCAUGUCCUUCCAUCUGGCCCCCUGCUCAUUCCGUGCAUACACUCACUACGAUCAUUAGGGCAUCACUAAGUGUACUUGGACACUUAGAGAAGUCCAAGGUCAACACAGUAGUUUCACACACUGUCUAUUCACUGGACACCUGCAAAAAUCCUAUAGUUACUACUGUGGUAAGGGACUCUGUGAUAUCCUACCUGGAUGCCUGCUAUAUCUUUGUCACUACUAAGUUUGAGAGAGAUUGUCUCUGAACUAGAAAACAGUAAAAUCUAAUGGUUACUACUUUUGUUGGGCACACACAUUUCUUAUCUGAACACCUAUAAAAACACAUGGAUGUGAAAAGAGUUCAGGACAUCUUCAUCAGUUUUCUAGAUGUCUGAAGAUCAUUUGGUCACUAAUGUUUUUAAGGCCCACAUCAUCUCUAACUAGGAUACCAGCAAAGUCCCAUCUUCAUUGCUACCGUGAGUUUUGUUGUCAUCUAUUGAGUGGAACCUUCAAAAUUCCAUGGCUAUUACUGUGGUCAGUGACAUCAAAACUUACCCAGAGACUUCCAAAAUCCCAUGAUGUCUGUUUGGUUAAAGCCCAUGUUAUUUCUUUCCCAGUUAUCUGCCAAAUCUUCUGUUUAGUACUGUGGUAAAUUUCACCUUUAUUCACUUACUAAAACCAUGCUGACAACCAUAAUUAAAGAGACAUUAUAUUUUAUAGGACAUCUGAAAAUCAAUGGGCACUGCCAUGGUUCAAGUCACCAUUAUCCCCUAUGGGAUGACUCCAAAAUCCCAUAUUCACUUUAGGUUUACCAUCAGGUCUUGACUAGAUACUGGCAAAACCACCUUGGUCACAAUAGUGCUUUGUGACAUAUCAUCUCUUACUUAAAUACCUACAGACACCCAUGGUCUUCAUAAGGUUUGAAAACCUAACACCUAUUUCAUGGCUAUCUACAAACUGCCCAGAUAACUGCCAUAGCUGGGCAUAUAACAUGUUCCCGCAUAUACACAAAAACUCACGGUUAGAAUCAACAUGGAUUUCAUCUUUCAUGAAAAACAAGAAGGCUUUCUUUGUGCUCAGCACUGCCUGAACAAUCUGCUGCAAGGAGAAUAUUUUAGCCCUGUGGAAUUAGCUUCAAUUGCACAUCAGCUAGAUGAAGAAGAGAGGAUGAGAAUGGCAGAAGGAGGAGUCACUAGUGAAGACUAUCGCGCAUUUUUACAGCAGCCUUCAGAAAACAUGGAUGAUAGCGGCUUCUUCUCCAUCCAGGUAAUAUGCAAUGCCUUGAAGUUCUGGGGUUUAGAGGUCAUCCAUUUCAAUAAUCCUGAAUAUCAGAAGCUCGGGAUUGAUCCUAUAAAUGAACGAUCUUUUAUAUGUAAUUAUAAACAACACUGGUUUACUAUUAGAAAAUUCGGAAAACACUGGUUUAACUUGAAUUCUCUCUUGGCGGGUCCAGAAUUAAUAUCAGAUACAGGCCUUGCAAAUUUCUUGACUCAACUGCAACAGGAAGCAUAUUCUGUAUUUGUUGUUAAGGGGGAUCUGCCAGACUGUGAAGCUGACCAACUGCUGCAAAUCAUCAGUGUUGAAGAGAUGGACAGACCAAAACUUAAUGGAAAAAAAUUAGCCAAAGAAAAAGACCAUAGAGUCUAUAAAACAAUUCUUGAAAAAGUGUCAGAAGAAAGUGAUGAGUCUGGAACAUCAGACCAAGAAGAGCAGGAUUUUCAGAGGGCCCUGGAACUAAGUCGCCAAGAAACCAAUAAAGAAGAUGAAGAUCUCCGCAGGGCUAUUGAACUAAGCAUGCAAGGUAGUUCCAGAAACACAUCGCAAGAUCUUCCAAAGACAUCAUGUGGAACUCCUGCUUCGGAAGAGCCAAAGAAAAUAAAAGACUAUUUUGAAAAGCAUCGGCAGGAACAGAAGCAGCAGCAACAACAGUCAGAUCCGCCAGGUCACAGUUCAUAUCUACACGAAAGGCCAACAACAAGUUCGAGAGCAAUUGAGAGUGAUCUCAGGGAUGACAUCAAUGAAGACAUAGUACAGGCCACUGUCGACACUGUUUUAGAAAUUAUGAGAAAGAAUCUGAAAAUCAAGGGAGAAAAAUAAUGCCUUUAAAAAUAAUUUAGUCAUACUUUCCAAGAUUAUCCUGUGCGAUCAUAUUGUAGGAUCUAUUUUGGUCAUCCGUCAAAUAGAUGAGGAAAUAAGGCUUUUAGAUGGUCUGCAAACAAAAUGGUGAGAGAGAUGUGGGACUAAAUAAUGACUGUUCAACUAGUAGCCAAGGAGACAUUCAGCAAUUAAUUAAAUUUAAAAUAGCUUUCAAAAUGUUCCUUUGGUUUUUUUUGUUUUUUUGUUUUUUGGGGUUUUUUUAGUGUGCAAUAUCUAAUGUGUCUAAAGUUGAGGCAUUUUUUGUGAAUCUUUUUGUAUACUAACUAAUUAGCUCUUGCCAUAGAACUUUUUCCAUAUGGUCUCUUCUAUUGUAGGUAAUGUGGCUCAUUUUGGUUGCUUUUAUUUCUCAUGAACCAAUUUAACCUUUCAGGAAAGUGUCUCUUGUCUGUGUUGAUCAUAGUAAUGGUUUUAGAAGGAUAAACAGUUUGCCUUCCAACUAUGUACUGUGCACUUAAGUAUAUUCUUAUGUUAUUUCUUCUGAUCACAAUUUCUGCUACCUGGUCCUUAAUUAUUUUCCACAAGUCUUUUGAAAUAUGGUAAUAUUUUUCGAGGUUUCGUUUUUUACGCCCUAUGUGGUAAGAUCGUUAUUUCAUGACUCUGGUGCCUUACUUUUUGUGGGGGGUAUGGGGGGCGGGGGGUAAAGAACUGCUCUGU